AUGGUCCACCAAUAUGCUCUUGCAUCCUUUUCGCAAGAUGUUAUCAACUUGUGCAAGCUCCCCAACGAACCUGAUGUGACUCCUGACGCCAUCACAGACCCACGAGAUUGUGAGGCCACUGUCACAAGUGAACCAGAAUGUGUCAUGACUCCUGUCACCAAUCGCAAUGACUCGCCUCCUCGUACUGAUCCACCUACAACUCCAGCUACUUCACCAUUUUUGGCACAACCCAUCUUGACAACUAACGCUCUAGUGGAUACAAUACCUGAUCCCACUGCUUUGAAUCCUACCAAUCCACCAACUCCAGCUACCUCUGCUGUUUUUGCACAACCCAUCUCAACAUCUAACGCUCCACUGGAUACCCAGCUAUAUCCUGCUACUCUACCAUACAAACCCAUUGUGUCGACAUUAUCUGAGGCAUCUACUCUUGGUAAGGCCGCUACCUCCAACCAGGCUGUGACUAUGGCAUGUACUCAGCAGCCUUCAUAUCAAGAAAUCCUCGCUUUCCCGGGUUUCAGUCCCCAAAAUAAUGUCAAUAUCACCAUGUUUGAAAAUUUGGAUUGGACAGAAUUGGCAAGGGACAGGAACAUAGAUUGGAACGAAGUCAGUUCAGUUAGCAACAGUUGGGACAAGCCAUCUGCAGGAUAUUUGGAGCCAGCUCCAGCAGGUACCAUAACAGUUGAUGGGGAUGCUGGUUCUGUGGAUGGUACGGUGGAUGACUGUACUGACCUAGCAAGGGUGGUUAAGAUUCAUAAGCCCUGGAGACGAUCUUUCCUUUGA